UAGGUUUUAAAAUACCUUCUUCCCCAUUUAGACGCCCCAAAAAUAACGUCCUGCCUGCUUGUUAUAUUGACCUCUCCGUCCUUCUGUUUUCUCUCUCCUCCAUCUCUGUUUAUCUCUCUAACUCAAUCAUGGGCGGCUUCCGAUGGGUCAGACCCGAGGUUUACCCUCUGUUUGCUUCGGUUGGUGUAGCCGUCGGAAUUUGUGGGUUUCAGCUCGUCCGGAAUAUCUGCGGUAACCCUGAAGUCAGGGUGAUUAAGGAAAAGCGAGCUGCUGGAAUCCUUGAUAAUUUUGCAGAGGGAGAGAAAUAUGCACAGCAUUCUCUCAGGAAGUUUGUGCGCAACAAGAGCCCUGAAAUUAUGCCAGGUCUUAACAGCUUCUUCAGUGACCCACAGUGAACGUGUUGAUUCUGUUCCUGAUUUAUAAUGGUGGAUCUUUACUGAAAGUUUCUUCCCUAUUUGACAAACGAACUUGAUCAUGUGAUAUAAUGUUUGAACGAAGAUAGCAAUGGGUUACUUGGUCUACCCUCUAAUUUUUUUGAACUCUUUGAGAUAUUUGAUUAUCGAAACUGGUUCAACCCAUUCAAGGGAGACCAUGUAAAUUUAAAAAACAUAGUCUCAUUGCUUUUUGAAUAAUCGUAUCAAGUUUCAAUAUUUGCUUC